AUGACUGACUCCUUACAACUCAAGCUACUGGAGUCUGAAUCUGUUUUUUUAGCGGUGUGUAAGGAGGUGGCCCAUCAAAGGUCAUUGUACUACAUGACCGUUGACAGGCCCCCAGCAGUGGCUCGCCAGCCUGCUGGUGUCCUGCAAGUAACCCCAGGCAGUGCAUGUCAAUGGGGGGCUGUGUUCAAUGAAGCCCGACUUUGGUGUUACCGCAGGUUUACCGGACCAGCAACAAUCACGAAGCUAAGCAUAGCGGCUGAUUCUACUACCCUGUGGUUUUCAGUUGCCGCGCCUGCACAGAGCCUUGUACGCCGCCUAGUCACCCGCUCUUUGGCCAUUGUUAUGAUCCCCAACACUUGUCCUGCAAUAACGGGAGAACAUUUCUUACGUGCAGGUCCUGUGCGGGCAAUCCACCGAGGGGAUAUGAGUGCGAGGACUGCCAAGGCGAUGGAUUUAAUAUAUACGUAUGCGGACAUUGCCAGCAUGCACUUGUAUCCGCGGGAGCAAGUAUUCGACAGUUUACGAAUUGCCCAUCGACAGCUAGCGCGCCUACCAUCAAACCCUCGCAAUCAUCUUCCCUUGACCACUCUCCAGGCCUUAACAACUUAG